GUUGAGGCCAUAGAAAUGGGUAUAAUACAACUAGUCCUAACUCUGUGUAUUUCGUCAAUGGGAGCCAUUGAAUGCCUCGAUGUAUCCUCGAAAAUUGCUUUCGAACCGGAGAAACGAAGUUUGAGUUUAACUUCAUACGCGUCAAAGCCAGAUCUUAUUGAAUUCGUGGAUUUAAGUUCAGGGCCUGAACCACCGAGUGCUUCCCAACAGUUUAACUUGCUCCCUCAAAUGAGUGAUAUACGGCAACCACACAACUUCGAUAAACCCAGAAGUUCUGAUGGUGAUUCGACAUCUGAUGACACACCCUCCAAAUGUAUUCAUCUGGAUAAUACCUCUCCUGCUAAAAGACCAGCAAAGAGUUGUCAGAAUGGUUUAUGUGAUUUCUCAACAAGCACCGUAAGGGAUUCCGAAGGAAACUUGAUAACUACGAUAAAGUUUUCCAUUAUUACAAAGACGCGGGAUAUCAAGGUCGAAGAUAUCCCAGUUAUUGACGGCGUUCGUGGCAUUUAUCCGGAGCGGGCGCCUCCGUUGAAUUUUCCCGAUCGCUCGGAUUUUUCCAGGAACAUACCUCAGAUUUACAAGCAAAUUCCGAGUAAUUUUGCCCCAUCAUUCGGGCCCCCUAAAAACCACUUCGUCAGACCACAAACAGAUCCGUAUUAUUCGACUAGUUUUGCACGUGGUAUCUAUGUACCCCGCGGGCAAAAUUCCGGGAUGACUGGCAGAGAUUUAAUAGACGAUAAAAUCCAACCACCAUUCAGCAAAACUACGUCCAACGUUGACGCUCAAAGGAGAUAAGGCUUUAUCUCUUUUGGAUGAUUUGGCUUUAGGACACAAAGUAGCUGUGGAGGAAGGUGAUCGGAGGUGAUUCAUGAGUUGGCCAAAUCGGAAGCCAAACAUUUAUUUUUAGGCAUGAAAAAUUGCAUCGAUCCACUCAUUCACAUGCAGCUCCAAUGAAGUUUACAAACGUAAAAGAGAAAAGUUUCAAGUUUGCAGGGCCUAAUUACAAACAGAUAUAGGCCAGAUCAUAAUAUAGAAUUAAAAUUAUUUUAUUACCUAUAAAAUCAGUAUAGUUACAACUUUACAUUAUAGUUACAACUAUAUUGUAAAAUGUUUUAAUUGUUACUAAAUUAAUCAUC